UCUCCCCCAUUCUCUCCUUCGUUCCUUAACGUUGCCGACAAUAUCAAGGACGGAGUACGACUAAUACCUUGCUACUCUUUCUAUCAUGUCGGCCAAGAGGGAUCUGUCUGGCUACAACUAUGCCUCCAUCUCUUCUCUCGUUCUCACCGCCGACCGCUCCGUCUUGCCGCGUCGAGACAAGGAACCCGAUGGUGCCCCCACGUCUCUAGUCGGCCGUAUUGAUCCCAGGGAGAUGGGGUCGCGUGUCCAGCGCGAAGCUCCCAAGGACCUCGACAAGAAGAAGAAAAAGGCAGCCGACAGACAGGAGGCCGCGGAAAGGCCGCAGAAGCGGAGAGCAGCGGACGUGACUGGCUUCGGGUACACCGACAUCAUCGAGGCGACCGAAGACGUCGAAGGGCUCUCGUACCGCCCACGGACGGCGGAGACGCGCGAGGUUUACGAGCUCAUCCUCGCGAACGUCCACCAAGCACUCGGUGACCAAGCGCAGGAUGUCGUUCGAAGUGCCGCAGACAUGGUGCUGGAGACGCUGAAGAACGAAAACGUGAAGGACUUCGACAAGAAGAAGGAGGUCGAGGACGUCCUUGGUCCAAUCUCGAACGAGUCGUUUUCGCAGCUAAUCAACCUGUCGAAGAAGAUCACUGACUACGGCGUUGAGGAUGAGCAGACGGCGGACCCCGACCUCGAGAGAAAGGAGGCAGAGAUUGAUGAUGAGAUGGGUGUCGCGGUGGUUUUCGACGAGGAGGAAGAGGAAGAAGAAGAAGAAGAGGGCUUCGAGGUACGAGAUGAAAGCGACGAGGAGGAGGACGAGGCAGAGGAGGGAGCGGAGCGGCCGCCGGAGUCACUAGAGGGAGACGACGAGCUGGUCAUCGGCGGAUCCUCAGCAGGUCAUCAAGGGAAGGCACAUGUCGACAAGGAUAUCGUCUCUCCGCACGCGAUCGACGGCUUCUGGGUGCAGCGGCAGAUAUCUGAAGUGUACCCCGACCCUGUCACGGCCGCCGACAAGGCGUCUUCGGUGCUCUCGAUACUCGGUUCGGAGUCGAGCGUCCGCGACUGCGAAAACGAGUUGAUGGACCUGUUCGAAUACCAGCACUUCCCCCUGAUUCGGAAGUUUGUCAAGAACCGGGACGUCAUCGUGUGGUGCACGAAGCUGAUGCGUAGCGAUGCAGACGAGCGUGUCAACAUCGAGGUGGCGAUGCGGGAGAAGGGAGUAGGCUGGAUUCUGCGCGAGCUGGCCGGAGAUAGGAAGGCGAAGGCGGGCUCGGACGCGAUGGACGUCGACUCGAAGCCCAAGGUCGAGGCGGUUUCCAAGAAGGCGACGCUUGCUCCUGGUUCGACGGUACAGCCCAAGGCUACUGUGGACCUGGAGAGCAUGGCAUUCAGCCAGGGUGGUCACCUGAUGUCGAACAAGAAGUGCAAGCUCCCGGAAGGGUCGUUCAAGCGGGCGAAGAAGGGCUACGAGGAGAUCCAUGUGCCUGCACCGAAGUCGAAGCCGGUGCAAGAUUCGGAGCUUGUUCAGAUCCAGGACCUGCCGGAAUGGGCGCGCGAGGGAUUCAAGGGAUAUCGGAGCCUGAACCGGAUUCAGAGCAAGCUCUACCCCAUCGCGUUCGGGACGGAUGAGCCACUGCUGCUUUGUGCUCCUACCGGUGCUGGAAAGACGAAUGUCGCUCUGCUGACGAUUCUGAACGAACUCGGGAAGUACCGCGAUAUCGACUCGGGUACGUUGGACUUGGACGCGUUCAAGGUGGUAUACAUCGCGCCGAUGAAGGCGCUCGUGCAGGAGAUGGUCGGCAACUUUAGCUCGCGUCUGGCGGUGUAUGGGAUCAAGGUCGGCGAACUCACUGGCGACUCGCAAAUGACGAAGCAGCAGAUCUCGGAGACGCAGAUCAUCGUGACGACCCCGGAGAAGUGGGAUGUGAUCACGCGCAAGAGUACGGACACGAGUUAUACGAACCUCGUACGUCUCAUCAUCAUCGACGAGAUUCACUUGUUGCAUGAUGAACGUGGUCCAGUGCUCGAGUCAGUGAUCGCACGGACAAUCCGGCGGAUGGAGCAGACGGGCGAGUACGUGCGGCUGGUUGGUCUGUCAGCUACGCUUCCCAACUACCAGGACGUGGCAACGUUCUUGCGCGUCGACCAGUCGAAGGGCCUGUUUUAUUUCGACGCGUCGUACCGGCCUUGCGCGCUCCAGCAGCAGUUCAUCGGGGUGACGGAGAAGAAGGCUAUCAAGCGGUACCAGGUGAUGAACGAGGUUUGCUACGAGAAGGUGCUCGACCAAGCCGGGAAGAAUCAGACGCUCGUGUUCGUCCACUCGCGGAAAGAGACGGCGAAGACGGCGAAGUUCAUCCGCGACAUGGCGAUCGAGAAGGAGACGAUCACGCAGUUCGUCAAGCCUGAGGGCGCCACGCGCGAAAUUCUUCUGGAAGAGGCGAACAACGUCAAGGACCCGAACCUCAAGGACCUCCUCCAGUUCGGCUUUGGGAUCCACCACGCCGGCAUGUCCCGCGAGGAUCGCGGUCUGGUCGAGGAGUUGUUCGCGGACGGCCACCUUCAGGUGCUCGUUUGUACCGCGACGCUCGCGUGGGGCGUCAACCUUCCUGCACAUACCGUGAUCAUCAAGGGCACGCAGAUCUACAACCCGGAGAAGGGCCGCUGGGUCGAGCUUUCGUCUCAGGACGUGCUGCAGAUGCUCGGUCGAGCGGGUCGUCCGCAGUACGACACUUACGGAGAGGGCAUCAUCAUAACGAACCACUCCGAGCUUCAGUACUACCUCAGCCUGUUGAACCAGCAGCUGCCGAUCGAAUCGCAGUUCGUCGGGAAGUUGACGGACAACCUGAAUGCUGAGAUUGUGCUUGGUACCAUCCGGAACCGCGACGAGGCCGUCCAGUGGUUGGGUUACACAUACCUCUACGUCCGUAUGCUCAAGGAUCCAGUUCUGUACAGCGUCGGCGUCGACUACCUAGAAGGUGAUCCGACGCUUGUGCAAAAGAGGGCGGAUAUAGUUCAUACUGCUGCAGCGCUCCUGGAGAAGUGCUACCUUAUCAAGUAUGAGCGUUCCACUGGCCGCUUCCAGAGCACGGAGUUGGGUCGCAUUGCGUCCCACUACUACGUCACCUACAGCUCUAUGGCCACGUACAAUCAGCACCUCCGGUCGACCAUGUCGCAGCUCGAGCUCUUCCGCGUAUUUGCCCUCUCGAACGAGUUCAAGCUCAUCCCAGUCCGUCAAGAUGAGAAGCUCGAACUCGGCAAACUGCUCGAACGCGUCCCUAUUCCCGUGAAGGAGUCUGUAGAGGAGCCGGCAGCGAAGAUUAACGUGCUACUUCAAGCAUAUAUAUCACAACUGAAGCUCGAAGGGUUCGCUCUGGUUGCGGACAUGGUCUACGUGCAGCAGUCUGCUGGACGAAUCAUGCGCGCUAUCUUUGAGAUUUGCCUCAAGCGUGGCUGGGCUGUUCCCGCGAAGGCAGCGCUCGACAUGUGCAAGAUGGUGGAGCGCAGGAUGUGGGGUUCUAUGACGCCGCUGCGUCAGUUCAAGGGCGUCCCGAACGAGAUUAUUCGGAAGGCUGAGGGCAAGCAAUUCCCUUGGUACCGCUACUUCGACCUCAACCCACCAGAGAUUGGCGAGCUUAUCGGCAUUCCGAACGCUGGCCGGUUGGUCCACAGACUUGUACACAGCUUCCCUAAGCUCCAGCUGUCGGCCCAAGUCCAGCCCAUUACUCGUACACUCUUGCGCAUAGACUUGACUAUAAUUCCUGACUUCCGUUGGGACGAAAAGGUUCACGGCGCAGCCGAGUCGUUCUGGAUUUUGGUUAAGGAUGUUGAUGGCGAGAUCAUCCUCUUCCAUGAUACGUUCAUUCUUCGUCAACGAUACGCUGAAGACGAGCACUACGUUACCCUCACCGUUCCCAUGUUCGAGCCGGUUCCCCCCAACUACUACAUCUCAAUCGUCUCAGACCGCUGGCUGCAAGCUGAGACCCGCCUCCCCAUCUCCUUCAAGCACCUCAUCCUCCCCGAGAAGUUCCCGGCUCCGACUCCUCUUCUCGACCUCCAGCCCCUCCCCCUCUCCGCGUUGCACAACAAGGAAUUCGAGAACAUCUAUUCCUCGACGAUCCAGACAUUCAACAAGAUCCAGACCCAGGUCUUCCAGGCGCUUUACACAACAGACGACAACGUCUUCAUCGGUGCCCCCACUGGCAGUGGCAAGACGAUCUGUGCUGAGUUUGCCCUUCUCCGUCUCUGGAGCAAGCGCGAGCAGCAACGAGCUGUCUGCAUCGAACCUUAUCAGGAGAUGGUGGAUAUGCGUGUCGAGGAGUGGCGCAAGAGGUUCGGUAACCUGCAGGGCGGCAAGGAGAUCGUUGCUUUGACAGGCGAAACGAGCGCAGACCUGCGUCUGCUCGAAAAGGGCGAUCUGAUUGUCUGCACGCCGACUCAAUGGGACGUACUCUCAAGGAGAUGGCGUCAACGCAAGAACGUGCAGACGAUCGGCCUCCUCAUCGCGGACGAAGUGCAGCUUGUGGGUGGCGAGGUCGGCCCGACGUACGAGGUUGUCAUCUCGCGUACCCGGUAUGUCUCUGCGCAGACGGAGUUGAAGACUCGUAUCAUCGCGUGCGGCGUCUCCCUCGCCAAUGCUCGCGAUCUCGGCGAGUGGAUGGGUGCGCCAUCACAUGCAAUCUUCAACUUCCCUCCUAGUGCUCGUCCCCUCGAUAUGGACAUCCACAUCCAGAGCUUCCAGAUUCCCCAUUUCCCCUCGCUCAUGAUCGCUAUGUCGAAGCCUGCCUACCUGGCUAUCAACGAGUACUCACCACACAAGCCCGUCAUCAUCUUUGUCCCUUCGCGUCGCCAAUGUCGUCUCACCGCCGACGACAUCAUCACGCACUGCAACGCUGAUGAGGAUUCAAAGCGUUUCCUACAUGUUGAAGAGGAAGACUUAGCGCCACACCUAGAGCAUGUCACCGACGCAGGCCUCAAAGAGACCUUGCAGCACGGUGUCGGCUACUACCAUGAAGCCCUCAACAAGCAGGACAAGCGCAUCGUCGAGCGAUUGUUCCAGCACGGUGCCAUCCAGGUCCUCAUCGCUUCGAAAGACACUGCGUGGAGCUUGCCUGUGUCCAGCUACAUGGUCAUCAUCAUGGGCGUGCAAUUCUACGAGGGCAAGGAACACCGUUACGUCGACUACCCCGUCAUGGAUGUUUUGCAGAUGAUGGGUCGCGCGUGUCGUCCGCUUGAGGACGAGAAGAGUCGCGCUGUUCUCAUGUGUCAGCAGACAAGGAAGGACUUCUACAAGAAGUUCCUUGCUGAGGGUCUCCCCAUUGAGUCGCAUCUGCCGACCCACAUGCUCCAUGACUACUUUUUGGCCGAGAUCGCUGUCAAGACGGUCGAGAACAAGCAGGAUGCUAUGGAUAUCUUGACAUGGACGUACUUCUACCGACGGAUGACGCGGAACCCGAAUUACUACAAUCUGCACAACGUCAGCCACCAGCACCUCUCCGACCAUCUGUCAGAGCUGGUCGAAAACACGCUCAACGAUCUUGUCAACUCGAAGUGCAUCUCUAUUGAGGACGAGAUGGACGUAUCGCCAUUGAAUCUCGGUAUGAUUGCCGCGUACUAUAACAUCUCUUACGUGACGGUCGAGGUGUAUACACUAUCGUUGAAGGAGCGCACCAAGCUCAAGGGUUUGUUGGAGGUUGUAUCGUCAUCGGCGGAGUUCGAGUCGAUCCCCAUCCGUCGACACGAAGACGUCCUUCUGCGCCGAAUCUACGACCGCGUCCCCGUCAAGCUCGAGAAGGCAGAUUUCGAGGCACCGCACUUCAAAACCUUCCUUCUCCUUCAGGCGCACUUCUCCCGUCUCACUCUUCCUCCCGAUCUCGCAGCCGACCAGGUGCUCGUCCUAGAAAAGGUUCUCAACCUUCUCUCCGCGUGUGUCGACGUCAUGUCGUCGAACGCGUGGCUCAACGCUCUCGGUGCAAUGGACCUAUCGCAGAUGUGUGUACAGGCGUGCUGGGAGACGGACUCGCCUCUGAAACAGAUCCCGCAUUUUGAGCCGGACGUCAUCAAGCGUUGCAAGGAUGCCGGCGUCGAGACAGUGUACGACAUCAUGGAGUUGGAAGAUGACAAGCGGAACGAGCUACUACAGAUGGACGCUCGCCAGAUGCGCGACGUCGCGACGUUUGUUAACUCUUAUCCCACUCUCGACGUCACCUUCGAGCUUGCGAAGGGCGACUACACUGCCGGCGCUCCUAUCCAGAUACAAGUCUCGCUGUCCAAGGAUGCAGACGAAGAUAUGGACACCCCUGGUGAAGACGACGAGGCCGUUGUCGCACCCUUCUACCCCAAGAAGAAGCUUACCAACUGGUGGGUCGUCGUUGGCGAGCCGAAGACCAAGCAGCUGCUUGCAAUUAAGAAGGUUACCGUACAUCGGGGCCUCAACGUCCGCCUCGAGUUCUCGCUACCGCAGGGGCAGCAUGCGCUCAAGCUAUAUGUUAUCUGCGACUCUUACAUGGGCGCCGAUCACGAUAUCGACAUUGAUCCUGUUGAUGUGGCCGAGGGCGAAGAAAGUGAUAGCGAAGAGGAGAGCGACGAGGACGCGAUGGAGGAGUAGGAUAUGUGCUAUCUCGUGCGUGAUCAAUAUUGUAUUGUAUCAUAGUCUCUUGUCAUGUUUGUACUUGCUAUGAAGUAUACGUUCAGCUUUCGUAGAGAAUCAGAACGAUGGAUUUCUUGUUGCAUGAACUCA